ACUAAUAAGUUUUUCACUUCAUUAUUAGAUUCAGUUGACCUUUACUAUAAAAAAUACAAUCACAUGCAUAAUCAGGUUACAUAACAAAAGUGCUUUUUAUCGUACAAAUUGAAGCAUGACCUUGAACAAACAAGUACGUAACACCAGGUAAAUAGCUACCUGUAAAUCAACCUGUUGUGAAAAUUGUACGUUUACUAUACCAUACGUCUUUGUUUUCGGCUUAUCUUAUAAAUUAAAUGAGUUUUUUUUGACAAUUACAUACUUUAAAUUAAGUUUCUGUCAUUCCCAUUUCUUACUUUCUUUCUUGAACGUAUUUGUAAAACAUAAAACGUAAUGUUUAGUUUACCUGGUGUUUGUGUAACAUGUUUUAAACGUCAUCGACGGCUGCUUAUCUCUCAUUGCAUGUAGAUAUUUGGUUGAAUGUCAAAACAGAAUGUUAACAUUAAACAGGACACUUCAGGAGGCAUAAAAACUUGUAGGUUUAUUUUGGUUUACCGGUGCGAAACCGUUUAUGGGCUACUUGAUUUUGUAACGAAAAUACUUGAAGGCCUCUCUCCCCAAAAUUCACUUCGUUUAUUGAAAGUUGAGGAAAUUUUGGUUUUUAAAUAUUGAAUUCUUCUUAUUUUGUAGUUAUGGUUACUUUCAGCCAUAUUCACUUGAAAUGGAGAAAAAAUCAUUCGAGCAAAAAAUUUGUCAUUUGUCUUUUAGUUUUCUUCCCAUUGCUUUUACAUUCACCUAAAAAUUACCCUUAUAGACGAAUGUAUAACUUCGAGUAUUCAACUUAAAUUAUUCGUUGGUAAUUUCCCAUUUCUGAAAGAACUCCUCGGCUAUGGGGAUGACGCUUUAUUAUUAGGUUAUUCUUCUAAAAAUGUAUAUUACCUUCCUGAUUUCAUUCAACACAAUUUCUUAAAACACUUUAGGUAUAUUAUUGGUUCCAAUGCGAAGUAAAUGUUUAUUAGUUUUGAGUCCUUGUUGCAACAAAAAGUUGUUUAGAACCAUUAAUCAGUUUAUUAACAAAUCCCCUAAAUCCGCUUUGGUUUUUAUUCUAAACCUAAAAUGAUCUCUUUUUGCGACUUGAAUAUGUUUGAGUUUUAAUUAAAAGAUUUAUAGCGCCGUCCUAACAAUUUGUCGCUGGUAUAAUUAAUCUCUAUUAAAAAGCAAAUAAUACGCUCGUUGUUACGGAUUUUGUAAGAUAUUUAACCAAGGUAGGAAGUCAAUUUGCAUUUUUGCAGGUCAAACAUUCUAUUCUUCAUAACAACAGCAGAAGGUUUUUUAUUUUUGACUUUGUUGUAUAAAUGUUUUACUGGGUCUAAGAAAAUCCAAAAAGUUUUAGUUCAAUUAAUUAUUCUAUUUACGAGUCGAGGCGCAUUAUCUAACUAUGUUUUUUAAAUCUCAGAUGUAAUGCAAAUUGAACAGUAUUUCUUAGUAUAGAUGAUCAAAUCAAUAAAUUCUUCCCGAAAUCUCAUCAAGCUCGUUAAUGAUCGUUUUGCAUGUGAAUUAUAAACUUACUAUGUAGAAGAUACAGUUGCUUUUGAAACUGAAUAACGUAUUUUAAUUAGAGCUUAUCGUAAAAUUUGAAUUAUUUUAGUAAAAGUACUGAUUUGUUAACGAACUGCAAAAAUGUAGACACUGAAUGUCCUUUUCUUGGCAUUUCGGUGAUUUCUGUCUACUACUUUUCAGUUUAAUCCAAUCAUAUGUAAAGUAAAGUCCUAAAGUUCUCUAACUAGAUUCUAAGUUUCAUAUCUUGUUAACUGUCACUAAAAAUCGUCACAAAACGUUUAAACACCUGUCCUUUCAAAUCAGACACUAAUAGAAUUCCACAACCACUGUCGUUGUUUUUAUCGAAUUGGUACCUUAUUCAUAAAAAUUUUAUAACUGAUAUUUUUAUUCUCCCGUUGUACUUCGUAUAGGUAAUAUAAUUGAUUAAUGACUGUAUUAUAUUCUCUAAACGUAUGCGGUGAAACAAUGAAGAAUACAUUUCCUUUUCCAAUAAUUAAUCCUUUUUUUAAUAGACGGUUAUUGUUAGGAUAUUCUCAUUUUCUUAACUGGUUUGGUAGUUUCUUCUGAUAGCGCUUAUAUGUGUGAUAUUCUAUUGUUGCGAGGCUAAUAAUCAUCAAUUUCCUUGCGAAAAGAUCACUAACGGUAGUAAACAAAUGACACCAAUUGAGAUGGAUAUAUUAUAAUUAUUUUAUCAUUGCAAUUAAGUCGCGUGAAUUUAAAUGCCGAUUCCGUUAUUUGAUCAUUACUUAACCGCUUCUUUUUCAUUUGCCGUCAUUAGAAAGUAUAAAUAAUAUCUAGUUCAUCGAGCAUGAACUCAUCAUCGGGCUUGCCAUAACGCACACAACAACAACAACAGCUGCAACUAAUAACAUAACGUGAUGAAGAAGUUUUAUAAUAAAAUCUCGAAGCCCCAGUGGCGAGUGUCCAUAGCCAGCGUUACCAAUCCGUCCUUCUUCAGACGGUCACCUUGCAGCAAUAAAGAAGACGGUGGUGCUAUGUCGGAAAAAUCGUAUUUGGAAGUCCCUAAUAAGAAGAAGAACAGAAACUCUAGCGGUAGCUACGAUCUUCAACAGGCUCAGCUGGAAUUCGACCAAAACAAUGCAAUAAUCGAUAGUGUUGUGGUAGAACCGAAUUUGAGCGAAUCGGAUUCUGAAGAAAAUUACGAAGAUGCACGCGGAAACUCCGAUAAGAUGAGCAGCGCAGACGAACUGGAGUCUUCUUUCUAUGCGGAUGCUAUUUCGUCAACUCCAAACAAACUGGAAACGUCGAGCAGUUUACCACCAGCCAAUGAGGAGUUUCACUACGACGUCCCUAAAAUUAGUUUCUCAUUUUUUGAUGGUACAGAAAAGUCAACCGAAAAAGAAACGGCAGUCGAAGAACCGCCAGAAUAUGAAAUCGUUACUGUCAGAACUGCAGUAUGUAAACCUGCAUUAGAUGACACAGAAACAAUACCGUUGUACUGUAACACAGAACAAGAAAAUGAAAUUCCUCGGGAAAAAGAAUCCGGUCAACAAUCUGGUGAAAAUGGCAUACAAGAAAACCCCAUAGAGAAAGAACAGUUGUACGCACAAGUCAAGUUCCGGAACAAACACAGAAGUGAAAUGAAAAUCGUUUUGAAGGAAGGAGAAAACAAAUCGCAACCGGAUAACGAAGAAUCUGUGAUCGAGACAACUUUCGUCGACAUGUAUUUAACGAAAAGUUUAGAAGAAUUCGAUUGCGUGUCGCCCAUGAAAAGCGGUAGCGAUCCGAACAUCUCCCACAGUCUGAACGACAUCCCCGAAGAGGACGAGGAAAACAUUUAUAAAGUUCCCAUAAACAAUAAGAGAUACCGUUUAUCUCAAUCAUUAACUGAUUUUAAUUUAGAAGACGUGAUAAAUGCAGAAAUCAAGACGUCUAAUUCGGAAGAUAUAGAACACAUAUCUUGCAGUCAAAUUUUGCUUGACGGAUCGCAAGACGGUUCCGCUCAAAAUUUAGAAUAUUGCAAAGCGAGAAGCAAGCUUCCGUUAAGAUUGCGAAGGGCGACGUUCUUGAGGAAACCAAGGAACAAAGCCGCCGGUACGUGGUCUCAUUUCAGAACGAAAGUGAGUAACCUUAUGGCCGAACAUGCUGCCAAACAAAAAAUGGAAACUUUAACGCCUAAUGGCGAAACCGACUCGCACGGGAUAAAUCUGGAAGAAAUGUAUAAAAACUCAAAGGAUAAAUGUAAAAAGGUACUUAAAAAUACCGGGAAAAUAUUUAAUAGUAAAGUGAGAAAAGAUAACAGUAGCAGGGAACAUGGUGAUGGUGCGGCUUCGUCUGAGACCUCCUCGCAAAUAAUAAAAAACGAUGCGUUCUUUGCGAAAGUGCGUUUAAAAUCAACGGACAUUGAAUAUAAAUUUAACAAUAACGGUGACAGUAACAAUUAUUGUGAUAACACUAACGGUGUCGUGAUCAACGAUUGGACCUCAACAGUCGGGAAGAGUGCGAUUGAAGAUGCUGAAAAAGAAGAAAGAAACGGUGGAUUGGACAUGAGCACACUGAAGGCGCCAUUCAAAAGGUCGAAAUCUGUGCCUGAGAAUCAAAGUGGAUUUGAAGACUUACGAAAAUAUGUUAAACAAGGCAGCGAUUUCUGCAAAGAGCUUUCUACAAUUCUUCAAGAAAGGUCAGAUGCAGAAUUGCAGUAUAGCAAAGCCCUUGCUAAAUUAAGUGCCAAGUUGUCGCGUGCCUGCCGGGACAAUGUCGGAGCCAUAAACGAAGCUUGGAGAGCAGUGGCGUACGAGCUCGAAGCACGAGCCGAAGCCCACAGGGUAUUGGGUGGGGCCUUGGCUGAAGAUGCGGCGAGGCCUCUACGAAACCUUACCGAGACCCAACACAAGAGCCGGAAGCAAGCGGAAGGGGUGGUGGAUAAAGCCGCGCGUGCGUUGUCGGACUGGCGUGGAGCAGAAGCUAAGGGCAAAAAACACAGUCACGCGUGCGCGAGAGAUAAUGAGAAACUGCAGGAUCAGUUACUAGACGUCAGAUUAUCCAGAACUAGCAGUCUAAUACAACUGACACAUAUGCACAACCAAAAAUCGGCUUCAGAAAAGGAGACUGCAAAGUUGGAAGGAAAAAAGCGAAAGGCUGAGGAUGCAGUGAAGAAGGCGGACAUCGAAUACUACACUUUGUGUGUAAGGGCAGAAAGGGCGAGACUGGAAUGGGAAUCGGCCGUUUUAAAGGGUUCCAACACCUUUCAGACACUAGAAGACGAACGACUCAAUAAUUUAAAAACCAUUUUAACUGCUUAUUUGCACCACAGUAGCGAACUUGGUCCCAGACUUAUUGAGGCGACAGAAAGAUUGAAAAGUCCUGUAAGUCAGUCGGAUCCCACAAAGGAUUUAGUAUUGUUCGUCAAUUUAAGAAAUUCAUCACAACAGUUGUCUGAACAGUUAUUACCUGACUUUUACUGCGAACAUAUCACGUUGGCAAUGAAUAGAGAGAGGCGAAAACAGGCUCUUAUUAAACUUUUGCAUCUUAUCAGGCAAGAUAUAGAAAGGGAAAGGAAGUCAAAGAACGGGUUGGAAAACUUGUCUAAAGCCAUGAAGCAAACGCCCAAUUUUGGUGCCGAAGACUCGCAACAAAACGUUUCCGAGAAGCUGUAUCAUAUGAAAUCCAUGUUGACCUAUUUGGAGGGAGCGAGAUACAAAGUACAGAGCGCCCUUUUCGAAUUGGACAAUCGACCAAAAGCUGGACAUCCUCUAGCUCCACAUAUCACAAUAACUAGGGACAAGUCUGGACUUCAACACAGUGUCCUCAAGGUACCUCAGUGGCUACGCGAAGAAUGGACUGAGACGGAGAGGAGCCCUGUAAGUGAAAAAUCAGAAAAAUCAGAGUAUUACAGCGAUGGUGAGUUACUUGAGCCAGAGCCGGACUGGACCGAUCGAGGUGCUGCUGAUGGUAACUCCAAUCAGCCAGAUUCGGACUUCGACGAAUUCUCUUCGCAAACGAGCAGUACUGAUGGCAAUUGUGACGAAGGGGCUCCACUAAACCCGAUCGCUACCUGUCGAGCCCUCUAUGCAUACACUCCGAAUCUCCCCGACGAGCUCACCCUUCAUCCCGGCGACAUCCUGUCCGUCUAUAGGAAACAGGACGACGGCUGGUGGUUGGGAGAAUGCGACGGGAACGUCGGGAUUUUCCCCGCAACAUACGUCGAAAACGUCGUGGCAACCACCUGAGAGCCACAUACAUAUGUACCAAUCCCAUUUCUCAUAAAUUCAAAACUUGAGAGUUUUAAAGAAAUCAAAAGGUACAUACGUUACACCCUCGGCUUCCUGUAAAUAUCGUGUACAAUUAUUUCGAUGAUUUUUUAUUUUUAAAAUGCAUAAAAUAAAUAUCAUUAAGCUUUUCACAUACUUACAUCUAUUUCAACUCGUAAUCGUUUUAAAUGUAAUAACAAAUAAUUGAGUCCAAAAAAGAAAACAGUAAAUUGUAACAACUAAUUCUAAUUUAUUAUUUAUUUCUUACACUUUAGAUUGUUAUUUGGAUCAAUACCUUUUGUAAUUCUUUUCAGAUACAACUGCUGUUUUUAAUUUUUUAAAUUUGCUAUCACUUUAAUAAUUCGUAUAUAAAUUUGGUACUUUUCAAGUCAAUAUGCAGACCCUACCGUAAAUGUUAUAUAUUUUAUUAUUAGAUUAAGGUCAUUCUUUUUGUAAUGUUAUUAUU